GGAAAUAAAGACCGCAGUUGCAAGUUCCUUCGAUCUUCGAAUCAAUCUAGCGAUGAUGAUACCAAAACAACACUCAUAACCCAUCAUCGCUUUUUCCACAACCUACCCAGAUCCCAACUUUCAAUCUUUCGUUCCUUUUACGAUUCUAACCGAUUCGAUUUUCACCAAUUGUUUCUGAUUCAAUCGAUCGCAGAUAAUCAUGUUUAGCAGAGUUUUUGGUAAACCUAAACAGGAAAUCAGCAACAAUGCUCUUGCCACUUUGGAUAAGUUAAACGAGACACUUGAAAUGCUAGAAAAAAAGGAAAAUGUACUCCUUAAAAAGGCCAGAGCAGAAGUUGAAAAAGCCAAAGAAUUCACUAAAGGAAAGAACAAAAAGGCUGCAAUUCAAUGUUUGAAGAGGAAGAGGUUAUAUGAACAGCAAAUUGAGCAGCUUGGAAAUUUCCAGCUGCGUAUUCACGACCAGAUGAUAAUGUUAGAAGGUGCUAAAGCCACCACGGAAACAGUGGAUGCGUUAAGAACAGGAGCUGCUGCUAUGAAGGCUAUGCAGAAAGCAACGAAUAUUGACGAUGUCGACAAAACCAUGGAUGAGAUAAAUGAACAGACUGAGAACAUGAAGCAGAUUCAAGAAGCAUUGUCUACUCCAAUUGGUGCAGCAGCUGAUUUUGAUGAGGAUGAACUAGAAGCAGAACUUGAAGAAUUGGAGAGUGCUGAGUUGGAAGAACAGCUUCUUCAGCCAGCAACUACAGCUCCUGCUGCCACAUCGUAUGUCCCAGCUGGACGGCAACCUACACGCCCUGUUCCUGCAAAGCCAACUCCCGAGGAAGACGAAUUGGCAGCUUUGCAGGCUGAGAUGGCACUUUGAUCGGGUCUGCGUAUCAAAUGUUAAGUUAUUCGGCUAUCUCAAGCAUAUGUUGAUUUAUAUGAUACCAAGUAUGUAAAGUGAAAAGUAUGUUCCCUAAAUCAUUGAGCUAAUACUCAGAACUCAAUAUAAAAUAUUGUUCUGAACAUACUUUUUUCGAAGUCCCAACAUUAAAAAGCAUAAGAGGUUAUGUUUCA